AUGCCUAGGGGCGGAGGUAAGGAUGAGGUGGAUGCAUUGACAACCCUACAAGCUCAGAUUACUAACUUGACAAAGGAAAUAGACCUCAAGGUAGGGCAAAAGAAGGAGAACAAGGGUAAGACUAAGGUUGAUGAAGCCACACCUUACAUCAAUUUAAAGGAUGAUGCAUCAAUUUCCUCUAAUCAAGAAGAGCUUAUUAACGAAGACAAAGAGGAUGCUACUCCUCUACCACCGAAGAUCCCUUCAUUUGUUCCUCCCAUUCCAUAUCCUCAAAGUUUAAAGAGGCAUGUAGAUGCAAAGCAAUAUGCCAAAUACUUGGAGAUGUUCAAGAAGCUCCAAAUUAAUAUCCUAUUUGUGGAGGCUCUUGCCCAUAUGCCUAAUUAUGGGAAAUUUCUCAAGAAGCUCAUUUAUAACAAGAACAAAUUAGAGGAGUAUGACAGCAUCUCAGUGAUAGAAAAUUGUAGUGCAAUUAUGCUCAACCAAAUGCCACAAAAGCUUCAAGAUUCAGGGAGUUUUACUAGCUUGUGCACUAUUGGUAAUGUUGAAUUUAAGAAAGCUUUGCUAGAUUUAGGUGCAAGUAUUCAUCUUAUGCCUUUAUAUGUUUUUAAGAAGCUUGGACUAGGCGAAAUGUGA